GACGACAACAUCACAACAGCGACAUCAACGGCGAAUCAAGGCUGCAGACUCCAUAAUAGUCCCAUAGAAUCGAUACCGACACGAUUCCCCACCCGAUUCACAGCCAGCAGCCGAUCCCCGAUCCCCGAUCCCUGUCCUGUCUCCCCCACCGAUCGAUCCGAGGUUGCUCCAUCGGAGAAUGGCGCGGUGAUCAUCAAAUCGUGUUCCGAUGGCGGCGAGGCCGGGAGGUGGCGGCCGCGUGCGGUUCAACGUGGGCGGGCAGGCGUUCGAGACCACCACCACCACGCUCGCCAACGCCGGCCGCGACUCCAUGCUCGGCGCGCUGCUCGACUCCUCCUGGAACGCGCCCCAAUCCCCCGGCCCCGGCGAACCAGCGACGGCGGCGACCACGAAGGAGUACUUCAUCGACCGCAACCCGGCCUGCUUCGCCGUGCUGCUGGACCUGCUUCGCACGGGGAGCCUCCACGUCCCGCCGCACCUCCCGGAGAAGCUGCUCUACCGGGAGGCGCUCUACUACGGCCUGCUCGACCACGUCCGCGCCGCGCGCUGGGGCGCCUUCGACGGCGACCGCCUCCGCCUCGCCUCCUCCGUGCCCGGCCGCGCCCCGGGCGACGGCACGGCCAUCCGCGCCGCCCCCGACGGCGGCUGCUGCGUCGCGCACGGCGGCGCCGUGCACGUCUACAACUGGAUGCUCGACGAGCGCCGCCCCGUGUCCCUCGACCACUCGCAGGUCAACGACGUGGCCUACCUCGACGCGGCCACGCUCCUCAUCGCGGCCCGCGAGCGGCUCGGCAAGUGCGACGGCGGGAUGGCCGCCUUCUCCGCGGUGUCCGGGGACCUACGCCACCGCUUCCGCGUCGCCCACGGCAGCGAGCCCAAGUCCUUCACCGCCGGCGCGCUGGCCUUCGACGCGCAGGGCGCCGCCAGGAUCUUCGCGAGCUGCAAGGGGCGGCUGAACGAGUACGGCGUGGGGGUUUGGGACGCCGCCACGGGCGAGCAGGCGGACUUCUUCUACGAGCCGCCGGGGGUGGCCCUGGGCGACGCCGACCGGCUGCAGUGGCUGGACGCCACCGGCGCGCUCAUGGUGGCCACGCUGUUCCCCAAGACGGACACCUGCUCCAUCGGGCUGCUGGACUUCCGGGCCAAGGGCGUGGCGUGGGCCUGGUCCGACGCCGGCACGGCCGCGUCGCUCGAGGACAAGCGCGUGCUCCACGCCAUCGCCAUGGACGACGAGCGCUCCGUCUGCGUCAUCAACCAGUACGACGACCUCGGCUUCCUCGACCUGCGCAGCGCGCCCGGCAGCGGCGGCGUGCGAUGGAGCUCCCGGAGCAAGCUCAUGAACCGCAAGGCCACCGGCGAGGAGAGCUGCUACCCGAAGCUCGCCACGCACGGAGGCCAGCUCUUCUCCUCCAUGAACGACAGCGUCUCCGUCUUCAGCGGGCCCGACCACGUGCUCACGUCCACGCUCAGGCGCAGCUACGGCGGCGCCAUCUGCGACUUCUCCAUCGGGGGAGACCGCCUCUUCGCCCUCCACAACGAGGAGAACGUGUUCGACGUCUGGGAGACGCCGCCGCCGCCAAUCAUCUGAUCGCCCGCUCCGAUCUGCUCUGCUCGCCGUGACUUGCUCUGGACACUUCUCGUGCCUUUCGCUUGUUCUUGCGUGUCGCAACUGCUCACUCAACAGAAAGAAACAGUAUACAGUAUUCAGGAGGGAAUAGUUUCACCAACUGAUGGUUACUCAUCUCUAGCUUUUCAUCGUAACCACUACUAGAGUGUACCUGAGCUUUGGUUUCUAACCCAGAAAAGAGUCACGACCCGGCGGAUUGGGACCUGGCAACGCGCGAGGUCGAAAUCGGCGGCGUCUGUUGGUGCCGCGAGAUUAGUACCUAAUAUAGCGUGUGUUGAAUACGCGAUUGACUUUCAUUUCUGCAUCUUGCAUACGCAUGUGUAUACCAGAGCAGCCUCGUACGAUACUGAACGAGCAUUUAACGACAUUUAUUGGCACGGUGCAUGGUAGAUUGCCGUAUGCUGUACGAGGUCACUUAAUUGCCAUCGGCAGGCGCCAACCUGGUAUCCUCUCCCCUGGCCACCAGCUCUCGACGAGACACCAUUAAAAUGAUUAGUUUGGAACACAAAAUCUUAAACAUACCUUUUAUAUAUAUAAAUGGUGCAAAAAGUAAAAAAAUGAGUAGUUUGGACUAAUAAAAAUGAACAUUUUGUACUAAUGGUGCAGCUUGUAAAAAAUGUGAUGUUGUACUAAUUCAAAUCAAGUAUUUUUUACUAAUGGUUCCCUCUUACUACCAAGAGCAGCACAAUUAGCACUUUACACAUGUAAACGAGAGAUUGUGAAAUGACAUUAUUUUUCGAGAUGGGAAGCAUUCGAGCAUUCGACAGAACUUAGAGUGAAAAACAUGGUGUAAGCAAUAAUUAGCAAACACAGUUACACACGUAAAGUGAAAAGGGUUAUCUUAAUUAACAUCAAAUUUUCAGAAAGAACAAUUCAACAAAAGUAAAAAAAAAGAUAGAAUUCAACUAAUUGG